AUGUCGCUUCAGGUCGGCGACCCACGGUCGCGCGGCCGUUCCAAGUCACCCAGCGGUCGUACCCGUGAUCGUUCCAGAUCUCGCGACAACCGACAGCCCUCCCCUGGUCCGGAUAUGCCCAGGGCAUCCUAUCUGAACCCUAACCUCGGGAGCGAAUAUCCACGGUCCUAUUCUAGGAGCCGAGGUACUAGUCCCAGCCGUGGAUACCGGACCAGCUCUCGGUAUCGCCCUUCUGGUUCAGACUCAGGAGAAGAUGACAGAAGCUACUACCUCCGCCCCGAGCGAAGCAGUGAUCACUAUUACCAUUCCGAUUCUGGGGAAAGCAAAGCGACAAGGCAGCGGGGGAAGAGCUAUACCCGGUCCCCAAACCUUCGUCCCGUCCAGUAUGGUUCCUCAGACGAGUCUCUGGAUUCGGAUGAUGAUGCGCUUGCCUACGGAGACAUACCUGGUGGAAUGGAGAGGGGCUUCUACGGAUAUACAGCCUCACCUCGUGCUUCUUCUUCUCGGGUAGAUACAGCGCAGAUGUCCGGAGCACUAAAUGCGGACAAAUACUUCAAGAAUGAAUCGUCGCGGGCUGCGGAGAGACUGGAUGAGGGGGUUCCUGGCAGUCAUCCUAGCUACGCGAGACCUAACCCGUUCAAAUAUGCCGUACCAUCACAAUAUCCUCAUUCGCAAUCUGCGUCGCAGUCGAAUUGGGCGCCGAUCCCAGAGUGCGAGCGCCCAGGUUUUGUCCCGCCGUCUUCGCGGGCAGAAGAACAAGCGAUGCCCGGGGCAUUCCCACCAGCGUCGACACAUCCUGAAUUAUCGGCUACCCCUGGGGUUCCCGCAUUCCCGAUGCCACAGUAUGCGAAUAUGGAGGGUCAGCACAAUUCUUAUGCUCCAAUGACUGGUCGUCCGAUUUCUGUGUCAACUGGUAAUGCGUACGCGCCCUCCGUCGCUUCCCCGACACACCAACGACAUUUAUCCGACACAUCAAUCCAGCCAAGUUACGCCAGACCUGCCCAGUUCCAGUAUGCAGAUAUUGACCCUAAGGUUAAGUAUACCUCCAAGUCGACGUCAAAGCCAUUCUCGUAUUCCUCGGAACGGCAAUUUUCGAAGGCUAGCACAGCUGGAAGUAGUCAACCUCAAUAUACUGGGGUGAGGUAUUCUGCAACGCCUCAGUUCUCUAAGACGCCGACCAGCCGUGAGGAUAGUGAGCAACAGUAUGUUGAGAUUACGCCUGGGAGAAGAACAGGCACUCGCCCUGCAAGUCUAUCCGUAUCUUCUGCCAAUAAUCUCUCCGUCGCUGGACCAGAUCCGAACUUUCGACCAGCUAGCCCCUUACAAGAGCCAUACAAGGGCACAUACCAAAGCAUUUCACCAAUGCCAUCGCCCAUUGUGAUCCCUUCUAAGCUAGACGAAGACAUCUCAGACCUCGAGCCACUGGAUGGGGGCUCUGAUGUCAGUGGCCAUAGGAAGCACCGGAGAAAAAAGUCCAGGGACGAAAAAGACCGCAAGGAGAAGAACAGUGACCGAUCUAAGAGAGACAAUAGCCGUGUUCGGCAUGAGCGCCAUGAUUCAAAUGGACGGCAGUCUCUCGUCUUGAUAUCACCGGCCAGUAGUCGAAAGCGGGUGUCUUUCUACGAUGUGGGCCCCGAUGCAGUUGCAAUGCAGGAAGCCCUCAACCGAACACGCAGUAUUGAUACUAAGACCAUUAUUCGGGUGCUUCCUCAUUUAACCAGCGAGGAAAUGCUGGAUCUCCGCAAGGAGUAUAAGAAUCACGUGAGGUUUCAUGGGAAAGGAAUCAACCUGGCUAAGCACAUUCGAUUGAAGCUGGGCAAUAGCGCCUUCGGCAAGGUGUGCUAUGCCACAGCUUUGGGCCGCUGGGAAUCAGAGGCGUUCUGGGCCAAUUGCUAUUACCAGUCCAGUACAUCGCGGCGGGAACUUCUCAUUGAAUCACUGUUUGGCCGUAUUAACAGCGAGAUCAGUGAAAUUAAGGAAUGCUUCCGAGACUCCCGCUAUUCAGACAGCCUAGAGAAAUGCAUGAAAGCCGAGCUGAAAGCGGACAAAUUUCGCUUGGCAGUGCUACUCGCCUUAGAGGAGAAUCGCCAGAGUGAGCGGGAUCCCAUUAAUAUGGAUCUGGUCCAGCGCGACGUCGACGAGCUGCACCGAGCUCUGAUUUCGCGCAACGGCGGCGAGACUGCGAUGAUAUCCAUCAUAGUUCGUCGCAGCGAUUCCCAUCUGCGGGAGGUUCUUCGUGCUUAUGAGAAGGUCUACAAUCAAAAUUUUGCUCGGGCUAUGAUAGCGAAGUCUCAGAACUUGGUGGGCGAAACACUGGCACACAUCCUUAACGGAGUCAUCAAUCGGCCCAUGCGCGAUGCGCUUUUACUACACCAGGCUCUUCGAGAGUCACGUACCGGCAAGGAGCGAUCGGAGUUGUUGAUCUCCCGCCUGGUCCGAUUCCACUGGGAACCACGGCACUUGGAACUGGUGAAGGGGGAAUUUCGCCGACGAUAUGGGGAGCGCUUGGAGGAGGCUAUUGCCGAGGAGAUCUUACCCACCAGCGGAGGCAGUGAGUGGGGGGAGUUUUGUAUCGAGUUGGCUCGAAGCUCGAAGACGCUUGCGGGAAGAGCUUGA